AUGGCGGUUCCCAUGGCGUUCAUGUCUGCGGUUUGGCCAUCAGAGCGGAAUGAUUGGACGUGGAAGAUUCCGAGGAAACUAGAAAAAAGAGGCAAAGAAACGAAUCAAGAUCAGCUUGACUUCUCCCUCGUCCAGUGCCAGGCUCUCGUCUUAGCUCCCACCAGAGAGCUUGCUCAGCAGAUUGAGAAGGUCAUGCGUGCUCUCGGUGAUUACCUCGGCGUCAAGGUCCAUGCCUGUGUCGGUGGGACCAGUGUUCGUGAGGACCAGCGCAUUCUCCAGGCAGGUGUUCACGUUGUCGUCGGAACUCCCGGUCGUGUCUUUGACAUGCUCCGAAGACAAUCCCUUCGCUCUGACAGCAUCAAGAUGUUUGUUCUCGAUGGAGCUGAUGAGAUGCUCUCCCGUGGUUUCAAGGAUCAGAUCUACGACAUCUUCCAGCUUCUCCCACAAAAGAUUCAGGUCGGAGUGUUCUCAGCCACGUUGCCACCAGAGGCUCUCGAGAUCACAAGGAAGUUCAUGAGCAAACCGGUGAGAAUCUUGGUGAAGCGUGACGAGCUAACUCUCGAAGGUAUCAAGCAGUUCUACGUGAACGUGGAGAAAGAAGAGUGGAAGCUCGAAACUCUCUGUGACCUCUACGAGACGUUAGCCAUCACUCAGAGUGUCAUCUUCGUCAACACUCGUCGCAAGGUGGACUGGCUCACCGACAAAAUGAGGAGCCGUGACCACACUGUCUCAGCGACUCACGGAGACAUGGACCAGAACACGAGAGACAUCAUCAUGAGAGAGUUCAGGUCUGGUUCUUCCAGUGUUCUCAUCACGACCGAUCUCUUGGCUCGUGGUAUCGAUCAAGUCUCUCUGGUCAUCAACUUCGACCUCCCGACUCAGCCGGAGAAUUACCUUCACCGUAUCGGAAGAAGUGGAAGGUUUGGGAGGAAAGGUGUGGCGAUCAACUUCGUGACUCGUGACGAUGAGAGAAUGCUUUUUGAUAUCCAGAAAUUCUACAAUGUGGUCGUUGAGGAGUUUCCCUCAAACGACGCCGACCUGCUUUGA